AUUCAUGGUUCACUGACAUGAGCCAAGAGACUGCAACCUGGCUGCUUCACUUCUCUUUGCUAUACUUGUAUCAUUCUGUCUGGAUCUAAGAGAUGGAGGGCCACUUUACCCAAAUGGACAACAAACCCCCUCUUGACUCCCACAGAAAGAUAACUGGGCACCUCACCUUCCCCUUGCUGGCUGCCACCCUCCUGUCAUCAUUUGGAUCCUCCAUGCUCUAUGGCUACAAUCUGGCUGUGGUGAACUCUCCAGCAGUGCACAUCAAAGCCUUCUAUAAUGCUACCUGGGCCUGGCGCUAUGGACAGGGCUUGACUCAGGGGCCGCUCACCCUCAUGUACUCACUGACGGUCUCCAUCUUUGCCCUGGGAGGCCUGGUGGGCUCUUUUCCGGUGGGGAUGCUGGUAACCCGAUAUGGCAGGAAUGGCACCUUGGUACGGAGUAACCUUCUUGUCUUCCUGGCUGGCAUGUUAAUGGGCUUCAGUCGCUAUUUUGAAUCACCUGAGAUGGUCAUUAUCGGACGCUUCAUCACUGGAAUCCACUCUGGGAUCUGUCUCAGUGUUGUGCCCAUGUACCUUGGAGAAAUUGCCCCCAAGAACCUCCGUGGAUUCCUGGGCCUUGUGCCAAGCAUCUUCAUUUGUCUAGGGGUCUUCUCUGCCCAAGUUCUGGGUCUUCCAGAGCUUCUGGGAGAGGAUGCAUACUGGCCUCUCUUCCUCUCUCUGGUGGUUGUUCCUGCCUUCCUGCAGCUGUUGCUGCUGCACUGGUUUCCAGAAAGCCCCCGUUAUCUGCUUAUUGAGAAGGAUGAUGUCCAUGGAGCUACUGAUGCACUGCGCUGGUUCCUUGGCACAUAUGAUGUGCAAGAUGUGAUUGAAGAGAUGCAAGAGGAAAAGCACUCACUUUCCUCUGUGGAGACUGUGUCUGUGUGGCAUCUGCUUUCAGAUCGCUCUGUGCGAUGGCAAGUUCUCUCUGUUGUGGUAAUCAACAUGGGCAUGCAGCUCUCAGGAAUCGAUGCGAUCUGGUUUUACACCAAUACCAUAUUUGAGCAUGCUGGUAUCCCUGACCCAGAAAUUCCCUACACCACAGUGGGCACUGGUGCCAUUGAGGUUGUUGCUGGCUUGAUAGGGUGCUUCACCAUUGAGAAGCUGGGACGUCGCCCCCUCAUCAUCGUUGGCUUCUGUUUUAUGGGCAUAUGUUGUGCAGGCAUUACCCUGUCCCUGGUACUGCAGGCAACUGUGCCCUGGAUGCGUUAUGUCAGUGUGGCCUGUGUCAUUGGGAUCAUCGCAGGAUUCUGCAUGGGACCAGCUGGGGUCCCCUUCUUGAUGACAGCUGAACUCUUCAAGCAAUCACAUCGACCGCCUGCCUACAUUGUGGGUGGUUCUCUCAACUGGCUCUCAAACUUCACCGUCGGCUUUGUGUUCCCUUUCCUGCAGAUGUCAGCUGGUGCCUACUGCUACCUGGUCUUCUGUGGCGUCUGCCUUUUGGUUGCACUGUAUGUUCAUUUCAUCAUUCCUGAGACAAAAAAUAAGACAUUUAUGGAAAUCAGUCACAUGUUUUUGUCUCGCCACUCCUUCCUCUCUAGCUUGCCCGAUUAUAUCAAGAUGAUCAAGUUCAAUGGCUACGGUGCCCUGGAAAGCAGUUCCCUGGAGUUCUCUGGGUCAGAAUCCACCUUGCCAUGACACUUGUUCUACCAGUUUGGGAGGCUAUGGGGAGCUGUCUUCCAUCAUUGGAUGAAGGAAGAGGAAUGUUAACACUGAUUGUCUUCCUGAAGCUCCUUUCUUCCUGCCUGGGCCAAUCAACAAUACAAAAGGCACCUGGGGAAGAGCCCUAGAUUCAAAAAACCCAAAUCGGGAGUCUGUGAUUUGAGAAGUUCCAGAAAAGCUCCUUCUGCCCCACAGGCACCUGUGGGGCCCUUCCGCCUCAAAGCCUUUCCUCUUCUUUUAUUGCCACCUUGUGUGGGCUAGAAAUCAAAAGGACAAGGUAAUAACUGUUCUCAGGAAACUGGAUAUACAG